AUGAAGUCCAUCGCUAUCCUCGGCGCUUUGGUCGCCUCCUCGCUGGUCGGGGCACUCCCACUCUCUAUCCGUUCAUGCUCGGAUGACUGCGACUGCAACACACCCGAGUCAAGUUCGAGUGGCAACUCUACGGUGGUCAACGGCACGGCUCCGUAUAUCGCUGCAAGCUGGAUCCAGGACUUCAAGACCAACUCCUCUUCGCUCGCUACUCUCAACUUCGACAAGUACACCCACAUGACCUAUGGCUUCGCAUCGACUGAGGCGAACGGCAGCCUCACAAUCGACAGCACUCAUGAAGACGGCCUUCUCGCAUUCGUCAACUUGACAAAGCAACAUGGCGUCAAGUCAUUGCUCUCAUUGGGUGGUUGGUACGGCGGCCGAUUCUUCUCCAACCUCGUCGCCACGCCCGAGAACCGCACCGCGCUCACCAACACUAUCCUCGAACUUGCGUCAAAGUAUGACCUUGACGGCAUUGAGUUCGACUGGGAGUACCCGAACAACACGGGCGCGUGCAACUCUUUCGCCGGAGCCGAUGCGUCCAACCUCGUUUCACUCGUGCAAGAGCUGCGCAACAACACCGCCGGACAAGACAUGAUCCUCACAUCGACAGUCUCCGGUGUGCUCUGGACAGGGACCAACGCUACGAACGAUCCGAACGUCCUCGCGCUGGCGGACAACCUCGACUACAUCUCCAUCAUGAACUACGACGUCUUCGGCACAUUCUCCGACUUCGCUGGUCCUAACGCGCCGCUCGACGACACUUGCGCGACGCCGGAGCAGCAAGAUGCUGGCUUUUCGGCGGUACGCGCUGUGGACGCAUGGAACCAGGCCGGCGUACCGCUCAACAAGCUCGUACUCGGAAUCCCCACCUACGGACACUCAUACUCCGUUUCUCCCUCGAUUGCCACAAAUGACAACUUCACGACGCUCAACACUCACCCCGGCUUCGACAAUACGAUACAUCCUCUCGGAUCUCAAGAUAACGGUUCGAACGAGACCUUCGUCGACGUCUGCGGAGUACCGAACCCUCCAUCAGGCGAUUGGGACUUCGCCGGGCUCGUCACGGCAGGAUACCUCAAUGCCACAGGCGGAUUCAACGAGUCGAUGACGAACGCGCAUUGGAUGUUCGACGAGUGCGCGCAGACGCCUGUGCUUUAUGAUGAGGGGAGCAGCGUUUGGAUCUCGUAUGAUGAUCCGCAGAGCUUCAGGGCUAAGGGAGAAUUCAUUGCUGAGAAGGGGUUGGCUGGGUUUGCGGCGUUCGAGGCGUAUGGGGAUGUGAAUGACGCGAUGUUGGACGCUGUGCGCGCUGGCGCGGGGUUUGACCAGGUUCAAUGA